AUGUCGGGGCUGUCACAGCGGCCAUGGCCUAUUGUAGGCUGCUCAUUGGCUACAUGUUUACUGAUCGGAUUGUUGUAUUUUCUCCAAUCGUCUAUCUUUCUCGUGCCCUUGAUUUUACCUGGGCGGCAUCAUCAAAACAUUCAAGAACAUGAGGCCAUCACUGCUCGACCGCGGAUAGAGCUUCACCCGGAAGAUCAUGUGUACCGGCCGGCGGCGACUCAAUAUUUGGAUUGGCAUGUGACCUCGGAUUUUCGCAGACCAGAUGGGGUAUUGAAGCGGGUCUAUCUCAUCAACGGCCUGUUCCCCGGGCCAACGGUGGAGGCCCGCUCUGGUGACACCUUGAUCAUUACUGUUACCAAUGCCUUGCCGGAUGAAUCAAUUGCUAUCCAUUGGCACGGCCUUCAUGUGGCUAAUGCCAUGGAUGGUGCAGUGGGAAUUUCACAAUGCCCCAUGCCUUCUGGAAGACAUUUUGUUUAUAAUUUGACAAUUCCUUCGGAUCAGAGUGGUACUUUCUGGUACCAUGCCCAUUCGGGGGUGUCGCGGGCAGAUGGCCUUUAUGGUGGGCUGGUCGUCCAUACACCAGCUUCCAAAUCGGCUGCUCGGGCCUUAAUAUCCCGAAGGCUCGAUAAUGCCCACCGUUACACUUAUGGUAGAGAACUUUUGCUUCUCAUCGGUGACUGGUACCACCGCCCUGCACGUGAUGUUCUUGAUUGGUAUAUGGACCCAGGAAAUUUUGGAAACGAGCCGGUUCCUGAUUCCUUGCUCAUUAAUGGGGCAGGGUAUUUUGACUGCAUGAUGGCGGUACCUGCAAGGCCGGUGGACUGUAUUGAUCAGCAGGUGAAUAAUUCAUUUAUCGACCUCGACCCUCACGCGACCUACCGAAUCCGCGUGGUCAACACUGGAGCUCUAGCCGGGCUGAGUCUCGUUUUCGACAACCAUCUCCUGGACCUGCUUCAGGUGGAUAGUAUUGAUGUGGCACGCCCCAAAGAGACAAAUGUAAAUUCCAUCGGCAUACUCUUUCCCGGGCAACGCAUGGACUUUGUUCUUCGUCCAUUAUUACAGACCUCUGAAAGGCAGUCACACAUGAGGGUUCAGUUAGAUCAAGAUGGCUUCAAGUACACCAACCCCGCGUUGACGCCAGAUCAAACCUUCCCCACCAACUACCGUUCUGAUGCCGUCGAGGGACCUCCGCUGAAGGCCCACCAUCUCAACAUCGGAGAAGCACCUUCUGCGCCCUCUAUUCUCCGUUCCAUUCCACCCACCGCGCAACAAACGCACGUGGUGUACACCAAGAUCCAAAAAAUGGCCCGAUAUUCCAACAAGCCAUUUGGUUACUUCAAUCAAACUACCUGGAAACCCCAGCAAGAUUCAGCCGUCCCAUUGGUCUCUAUACCUCGAGCUAAAUGGGAUGCAAACCAAUUCGCAAUAACCACAGGGCCAGAGCCUGUAUGGAUAGACCUAGUAAUCAACAAUCUAGAUGAAGGAUCUCACCCCUUCCACUUGCACGGACACCACUUCUACAUACUUGCAGUACACCAAGCCGAAUUUGGCUGGGGCUCCUACAAUCCAUUCAUUGACAAAAUCCCACCACACCUAGAAUCUGACUCAGAUGAGUUAAAAGAUGAGACAGUUGACGCUCAUAAACCCAAUGGUUAUAAUUCCGAUCUGUACGACACAUCCCGGGCUGCUUUGCGUGACAUAGUCCAGAUCCCAAGUCGCGGCUAUGCUGUUCUCCGUUUCCGGGCGGAUAACCCCGGCGUUUGGCUUUUUCAUUGCCAUAUGCUAUGGCAUUCGGCGACAGGUAUGGCCAUGUUGAUUGAUGUGCAGGGCGAUCCGACGGGAUUGGCUGCGCACGCUGAUGGCGGAGAACCAUGUCCUGCUUUUGAAGUGUAA